AUGGCGAGAAUUGCUGUUGCUGGUACCUGGCUAUUUCAUGGAUAUGCUAGCAGUAAGUACCUUGGUCUACUUCAUGCAGAUGCUUCUAAGUACUUCCCCAAGUCUCUUCAAACUAGUUUGAUUAGGUGUUAUGAUACAAACAAGGCAGCUUCUGCUAAAUCUGAAGAAAAUGCAACACCAAAUAAGGGAUAUUUUCGCAGUAUAAUUGCUGAAGCCGCUGCUGGGAUCACUCCUGCAGUUGUUCAUUUAUAUGCUCAACAAGGGCAAGAUGAGAAAUUUGGUUCUGGAGCUGUAAUUCAUGAGGAUGGCUACAUUUUGACAUGCUCUCAUAUUUUCUUUGACAAAACCAACAUGAUACAUUCAUCAAAUGGGAAGGUUCUCGUACGUUUGCAAAAACCCAAGGAAGAUGUUGUAGGCCAAGAAUCCAAGAAAGAUGUUGUAGGCCAAGUUGUUGAUGCUUACGUUGAUCUUGACAUUGCCAUCAUAAAGAUCGAUCCCCCAAGUUCUUCUCUUUCAACAGCAAAAGUUGGUUCAUCUAGUAAGCUUCAUCCUGGAGACUGGGCAAUAGCCAUGGGCAGUCCACUUUGCCUUCCAAACACUAUUACACUCGGGAUUUUCAGUCAUGUUUGUCGGACGAGCAAAGACAUCAGUGAUGGAGGAAUGCACGUAGAGUAUCUACAGACAGAUUGUGCAAUCAAUCCAGGAAAUUCUGGGGGUCCUCUUUGCAAUCUCGAUGGAGAAUUGGUUGGUGUCAAUGUUGAGACAAUGAAGCCAGAUAAAGCAUUUGGACUGAGCUUUGCUGUACCGGUUGAUUUUAUUUCAACAAUCUUAAAGCCCUUCCAGAGUUGUCAUUACUAUAAUGGCCUUGUGAAAGUCUUCUGCAGUAUUCAAUCUCGGAACUUCCCCAGUACAAAUUAUGAUAUUUCAAGCAUAUUAUCUUCACCUAGGCAACAGAUGGUAACUUGUUGCAGGAUGCCUGUACAAGCAUAUUUUGGAUGGGUGAUGUGGAACGUCAGCGAGGAGAACUACAAAACACUUAAACAACGUUACCCCACAUUUCCUAAAGCUGAAGAAGGUGUCUUUGUACAGAAGGUAAUAAAAGGAUACCCUGCAUAUCGUGCUGGCGUUCAAGAUGGUGAUGUCAUCGUGGAUUUUAAUGGAAAAAAAGCAAAAAUUUUGAUUCAGAAGUUGUUUACUUGGCACAUUGAGCAAAUAAUAAGUGGAACCCUGGAAUUGUUUAUCAAAGGUCUCAAGAAGUGCGUAACGCAAUCCAUUCAUUGGAAUGAAUUGCUCUCGAAUUUGGUCUAUCCUUGA